UGGCAACACAGCAGCAAGCAGAGCGGUGUAUAUGACGGGGAGCUUGCUGCAUGAACUGCUGCACGCCUCCCAAAAUGGUGCCCUUAACCUGAUGAGCUCAUGAAUGACAGUUGGAAGUAGUUAUAUUUCAUUCAUUGUAGGACCGAUUGAAUUUGGGCAAUGAAGACCACUUUAUUGCAUGUUGUACCACCAGUGAGCAGAGACAGAAUAAUCUCCCACUUCCCAAAGUGGUACACACCUGAAGCCUGCCUACAAUUCAAAGAUCACUUCCAUGCCCAGGUGAGGAGUGCCUGUCAGCGACAAAACAUUGGUGCUGUCGGGCUAAAAAUAUCCAAAGUGGUUGUAGUGGGAGACCUCUAUGUUGGAAAAACAAGCCUCAUCAACAGGUUUUGUAAAGAUGUUUUUGACCGUGAUUACAAAGCAACUAUUGGAGUGGAUUUUGAAAUUGAACGUUUUGAGAUAGCUGGAGUUCCAUAUAGUCUCCAAAUAUGGGACACAGCCGGUCAAGAGAAGUUCAAGUGCAUUGCUUCUGCUUACUACAGAGGAGCAGAAAUCGUUAUAACGGUCUUUGAUUUGGCUGAUAUCCAGACUUUGGAUCACACCAAACAGUGGCUUGAGGAUGCACUGAGGGAGAAUGAACCAGGGUCGAGCUUCAUCUUUCUAGUUGGAACAAAAAAAGAUUUAGUAUCCACUGCAGCAUGUGAGCGGACAGAACUGGAUGCCAUUCGCUUUGCCAAUGAGAUGCAGGCUGAGUACUGGUCAGUUUCAGCCAAAACAGGGGAAAAUGUCAAGGAGUUUUUUUCCCGAGUUGCUGCCUUAGCCUUUGAAAAGUCCAUGUUGAUGGAACUGGAGAAAAGCAAUGGCCGCAUGACUCAGAUUGGUGCAGGAAACCUUAUCAAUAUAGAGAGAAGUUCACUGGAAGCUUCAGAAACCAACCAGCAAGACAACCUAAGUUGCUGCUAACAGCCAGGCUUCCAUGUAAGCUUCUCACACAAAUAGUACUUUGGGGAGCUGAAUCCUGGAACAAAGAGGAGGGCAGGCAAGAAGCAGUGCAAACCUGCCCGUUGCUUUGUAUUGUGUUGCCUUCAGUGGUGCAGCCUCCUAGGUUCACAUGGUGGGAACUUACCUGCCUUUCCCAGAAGAGGAUGUUAGCAACUCAGCCUGCCUGUCUUUAGGAAAAUCAUCAUAUGUUGAACUGUAGAAACUGUUCCCAUGGACAGGGGAUGAGAUGGCAGGCUUGGCUGUGGUCAGUGUUCUGGAACAAGCUAUUCUAUCUUGGUAAAUUCAGCUAGAUUGAUGGGCUCACCAUUCGGAGACUCUCACUAUGGCAGUUUCAAAUCCUGUUUGACUCCUGGUUAGUGUUAACCCUGGCUUACUAGCAGUGUCAGUGUAAUCCUUAACCAUGGCUAUGAUCAGCAGAAGGAAUUUGCACUUGAAAAAGGGAGAAAGUAUGCAAUCUCAUGAUUUGUUCUCUAAUCCUGGUUAAGGGAAAAAAACAUAUUAAUGUCUGCACCAGCCCUUGAAGAAAAUGUUGUCUGUAUUGUUUUGAAAGGCUAUUAGAUAAUGAUCCCACUACAUAAACUGCUUUAGGUCUUAGGGACUGUUGUACAAAGAACUGGAAUUAUUACUACUGUAGUACAAUCUAUAUGGAAUCCAUAUGCAUUACUUUGAACUAAGUACACUUCUGAUUUUCUCUGUAAAUUUUUUUUUUUUAGGAACCAGAAUUAUUAUAGGCUGCCAUGACCUCUGAUAUUAAAGGAGAGAGAAGAGACUGUG